AUUUAUUUCUGUGUCAUGCCAAACAUUCUCAUCCCACAUGGGAUUAAAAGACACCACUUUUUUUUCUUUACAAAACAUGCAUCUUCCGGUAAUACAAAUACAAGGGAUAUAAAAACAAGGUAUAUAUAAAGAAAAGAAACACAAACAAAAACAAAAAAACGAAACCAAUACAAAAUCAGGAAUCCCAAAUGAACUGUUCAUAGAAAAGAAAUUUUACAUAGCUACAGAUUCUCUCGAUAAAGGCUUUUUCUCUCUUCUCCCAGACUUUCUCCAAAUAACUGGCUAAUUUAUAUGUUUAAUAUGUAAACAGCCAACUUAGUCUCUGUGCAUCAUCUAUAUUUACAAAAUCAAUAUCUUUUUUUUUUUUUUAACUUACUGGACAAAGCAUUGGGCAGUACAAUGCCCGAUGCCUUGUCCAAAAAGUCCUGAUAAUAUAUAUAUAUAUAUAUAAUUUAGACAGCACAUUGGGAAAAUCCAAAUUUUAGUAAAACACCAGAUCUUAGCUGGGCCCAUAGAGAUCUUGCUUUUUAGACAAAUUAUCUACAACAUAAUUCUCAGUACUAUAGUCAGUUUUUAUCAUGUUAUAAUAAUACAGCAGCAGGGUUUUAAACUUUUAAAGAUAUUUUCGUGGUAAUGCAAUUGUCUACUGUCUGCCCAAAAAUGAUACAGUGUUUGGCUAUGUUUGACUAAACCAUCAUAAAGGACCAGUGUGUAGGACUCAGUGGCAUCUAAUGGUGAGGUUGCAGUGAACCUACGGUGGUCGCGAAACUCGCAAAAAAACAAACAAACUAGAGUCUAUAGGUCACCGUCACGGUCACUGGUUAAACCGAAACACCAGGAGCUACCCACUUGAUUAUAUUUCAUUUCUGCCAAUAGACCCCCCCAAAUCAUACACACGUCCUUUAACCGAAAAAAGUAGGUCAUAACUUAAAAACUAUAUAUAUAUAUAUAUUUCGACAAUUCAAAGAUACAAACUAAUGUAUGAGCUGCAAAGUUACUUUUUCACAUAAAAUACAUACUACUAAUAUGUUCAACAACCAAUGGGCGUAACUCGUUCUGGCAAAUGUGGCUGAACAACAUCACAACCCUCCUUCUUCUCCUCCUCCCACAACCCCACCCGCUUCAUUUCCAUUUUCUCAAGUCACAACUUGACUAAACUUUAUGCGGCGGAUCGAUGUUGAGACAUCAAGCAAGAAUGCACUGCACUGUAAAGCUGCAGUAAUAUACUGCAGGCUGCCGGUGAAUCAAAAGUCUUUUCUGUCGGUGAUGUGACCCUCGACUAGGACGAUGAGCGACAACGACAUCCUCGAGAUGGAGUCCUUGUCUGAGGCGGAGGACUUGGAGGGAGAUACAGACGUUGGCAUGAUAGACGAGGAAGUCGUUUACCCUGAGGAGUUUUUACCAACAUAUCAAAGUAUUAAAGAAGGAUCAACAGUACCCAAAGCACAACUGGCAGAGUUCAAUGACAAACCAGACUCUUUAUUCUUCAAUGAUGGUGUGAGGCGGAUCGACUUCAUCCUGGUCUACGAAGAUGAGGACAAGAAGGACUUUGAGAAGAGGCACACUUUCCAGCGGCGCAAGAGACGGCGAGAGUACUUUGAGGCCAGCCUGAUGAAGAUGGGAAUGGAGCUGGAGGCAACACGAUCUGUAGUUGAUGAAAAAUUGAUGUUCGUCAAGGUCCACAUGCCUUGGGACGUGUUGUGCACCUACGCUGAGGUCCUGCACAUCAAGGUUCCUAUCCAACCCAAUGACCUGUCCUCGCGCCCAUCUCCAUGGCGCUAUUUCACCUGCAUCACCAAGCACUUCUACCCCAACGAGGAUCUGAUCACCAAGGAGGCUGAGUUCUUCACUGCCCCCUUUGAGAAAGACCGCCUGGAGUACUUCUACAUCAAGGACAAGGAUGUCUUCUUCACUCCUGCCAUGAGGAGUAGGAUGGCAUAUUACAUUCUGAGCCGUGCCCCCUAUGAAAUUCGUGGGAAUAUCAAGAAGUUUGGUAUCACAAAACUGCUGGAUGGUUCAGUGUACAAAGCUGCCUACCCUCUCCAUGAUUGCAGGUUCAAUGUCAAGUCCAAAGAAGAGGGCUGCCCCAAUGAGAGAUUCCUCCUUUAUGAAGAAUGGGCUCAUCCCAAAAGCUUCUACAAGAUGCAACCACUUGACCUCAUAAGGCAGUAUUAUGGGGAGAAGAUUGGCAUUUACUUUGCCUGGUUGGGUUUCUACACAAUAAUGCUCACUCUGGCUGCUGUUGUGGGAUUGGCUUGUUUCAUUUAUGGAUACAAGUCUCAAGAAACCAGCACUUGGAGCAAAGAGGUGUGUGACCCUGAGAUCGGAGGACAAAUUGUGAUGUGUCCACAGUGUGACAGGGAAUGCAAAUACUGGAGGUUAAACAGCACUUGUGAAGCUUCGAAAAAACUGUGCAUAUUUGAUAACUUUGGAACCCUGGUGUUUGCAGUUUUUAUGUCAAUCUGGGUAACUUUGUUCCUGGAGUUUUGGAAGCGCUACCAGGCAGAGCUGGAGUAUGAGUGGGACACUGUGGAGUUUCUGGAGCAGGAAGAGCCACCUCGUCCAGAAUAUGAAGCCAAGUGUAUCUAUGAGAGGAAAAACCCUGUCACAGGGGUGAAAGAAAAAGUGCCAUAUACAGCCUGUGGACGAUGUGUUCGGGUGUCAAUAGGAAUUGGUACAGUCUUAUUCUGGAUACUGUUGAUCGUGGCAUCCAUUGUGGCCAUCACUGUGUACCGCCUGGCUGUGUUCUUUGCCUUCUCGGCAAAACUCAGAGCUCAGGAUCUGAAGGAGCUGGAGCCGUUAAAGGAGUAUGUGACGCCUCAGAUGGCCACCUCUGUCACGGCCUCCCUCAUCAGCUUUGUUGUCAUCAUGACCCUCAAUAUUCUCUAUGAGCGGGUUGCCAUCUGGAUCACUGACUUUGAGCUUCCAAGGACCAAGACAGACUAUGAGAACAGCUUGACCCUGAAGAUGUUCCUUUUUCAGUUUGUCAACUAUUACUCCUCUUGUUUCUACAUCGCCUUUGCCAAAGGGAAAGCAGUUGGCUAUCCUGGAGAUCCUGUUUAUCUCUUGGGAAAAUACCGGAACGAGGAGUGUGAUCCUGGUGGUUGUCUGAUUGAGUUGACAACUCAGCUCGCUAUCAUCAUGGGUGGAAAAGCCAUCUGGAAUAACAUCCAAGAGGUCUUGCUACCGUGGGUGAAGAAUUUGAUUUUCCGCUAUUGCACCCGUGUGGCCUCACAGGACAUGAUUCCUCGUUGGGAGCAGGACUACCAGCUCCAGCCCGUUUCAAAACUAGGACUGUUCUAUGAAUAUCUUGAGAUGGUCAUCCAGUUUGGCUUUGUGACCCUGUUUGUGGCCUCCUUCCCUCUGGCUCCGGUUCUGGCUCUGGUCAACAACCUGUUUGAGAUUCGAGUCGAUGCUUGGAAAAUCACCACUCAGUUUCGCCGCAUGAUGCCAGAGAAGGCCCAGGAUAUAGGGGCUUGGCAGCCUAUUCUUCAAGGAAUUGCCAUCUUGGCUGUUGCAACAAAUGCCAUGAUCAUUGCUUUUACAUCAGACAUGAUUCCACGGUUGGUGUACUACUGGUCUUUCUCUGUGUACCCAUAUGGAGAUCAUGCUAGUAACACCAUGGAGGGAUACAUUAACAGCUCCCUAUCUGUAUUCAACAUCAAAGAUUUCUCCAACACUAGCAAACCCUUGAGCACACCUUACGAUAUCACCACCUGCAGGUAUCGAGAUUUUCGUUAUCCUCCCGGACACCCCAAGGAGUAUGAGUACAAUAUGUACUACUGGCAUGUGAUUGCUGCCAAAAUGGCUUUUAUAAUCGUUGUAGAGCACAUUGUUUACCUUACCAAGUUCAUCCUGUCCUACGUGAUCCCAGACGUCCCGUAUGCUGUCAAAGAACAAAUGAAACGGGAGAAAUACUUGACCCAGGUUAUCCUCCAUGAAACUAACCUCAAGCUGGUGACCAAACGUUUGAAACCAAUUGAUGACGAGACCUUCAAGCACGUGAAGGAGACAGUGUCAAAGGGAGAGAUGGAGCUUGAUUUCUAACAUUAGACAAAUACAGAAAGGCUCUUGUGAAUUUCUGAAAAUGUAUGGAAGAAGAGAUCAGACCUUUAUUGGUCUGUUGCAAAACCAAUGCUCACUCCUGAUACUGUAUAUAUAUGACUGUCCAGUUUUUUUCAGCAUCUACCAACAUCUGGUUUAAUGUAGCAACCACUAAGAAAGAAGACGUUUCUUAAGGAAAAGAAGUUUCUUAAGGAGCUGAUGGACAAAAAAGGAGAAACCACUGUUUUCUAGUCAUCAUCCCCAUCCUCACACUCUGGACUCCCUCAUUAUGUUUGGAUCUGCCCAGGCCAAAUCAUUUAAAUGUAACAGGAACAAUCCGUCUAUUAACUUCAAAGGUGUCUUUUUUUCCAGUGAAACUAGGUGAAACUGAUCAAGAUGGAUGUUGCAUGUUGCAAGAUGAUGUUUUGAAGCAGACAGUGUAGAAACUAGGGGUGGGACAAACAAUCAAAACAAGACUAUAUCACAAUACAUUUCCUAGUGAUACUUGAUCAACACAUUGGCAAAAGGUGUACCUGUUUCGGUGUUAGGGUUUGAGUUUAUAUCAUUUUAUCAAAUCUAAAUCCAGUCUUGAAUCUUAAUCUGCUUAGAUUUAGCUUUUGGCAAUUUUAUGCAACCAAAGUUGUAACUGUAUGAAAAUAACUUUAACAUUGACAUUAAGAAAAUGAAACGUUAAGUAGACAUGUUGCAUAUUUAGUUAAAAGACUAACUGAAUGUUGUUGAUUGAUUUUUGCAACCUGUUGUGCAUGUUAGAGAUUAUAAAAGCAAGGAUGUCAACUCAGUGCCUUCCACCUUAAUGCCUCAAUGGAAAUAACACAAAUCAUUUGUUGGAUUGAGCAUGCAAUGGAUGAAAUCCUAACAGCUACUGAGUUUGCGUGUCAACAGAUCCAUCUCCAUGACAACUGAACAGACUGCUAAAGGCCGUGUGAUGUGGUUGAAAGCUGUGGGAAAAGCUGGUAGACCUUGAAUUGAUUGUUUAUUGAAAACUAUUAGUUGGAUGUGUUCACCCUUACUGCCUUGUUUUACAAUUUAGUGUGGCUACAUCUGCCUGCAGCACUGGCAGCGUCAGUGUCUCAUUCCGUCCACUGGGCUUUAAGCUGGGGGCUCAAAGCUUUGACACACAGGUAACCAAGUGCCACUGCUGGGUGAUUGUUUUAGUUAAAUGCUGUCAAAAUUUCAGUAUUAUUAAAUGCAAAAAAAAUGCAAAACUUCUGAAUGCAAUGUUAAUGAUAAUUGCAUUUCUGUCACUAGAACUAAAGACCUGUACUGAUCUGUCAAACAGCUCACAAUGUUACAAAAGGGAGUUGCAUGCAAUCAGAAUAGACUAACCUUUUAACCACAUAUACUGACUAAAUGUGCCUUAAGAUGCUAUAGGCUCUGUAAACCUUGUGUUCUUCAUUGUAUUGUUCUGGUUUAGUCAAUUCCGGAGGUGAAUGUAUUUGACAGUUUGAAACUGAAAUCUGAUACCAUGUGAAAGGUUUAAACUCCAUAAGUUUACAAAAUCAUUACGCCAAAUACAGUUCAGUUUAGCCUAUAUUUCUAAUUAAAUGAGUUGAUUGCAGUUCUGUAAAGUGGUUUAGUUUAUGAUGUGAGUAUAGUCUCAGCCUUCUUCUCUAUGCAUGUGCUCGCAUCUACUGUACUGCACUUUUUACUGACAGGGCUACAGCUCUGUGCCAUGAUUACUGCACUGCACAAGAUUUUGACUGCAAGUUUUAUCCUGUGAUGUAGACAGUACAGUGAUUCCAUCUUCUCCUGUGUCAUUGCUGAAAUCUUCUGAAAUCAGUACUGCUGCUCUAUUAUUGCCUCGCCUGAAACAAUGGUACUAUAACCGUCAUGUAAACAGUAUCACAUACCAGCAAUAUCUGAUGAUGAAUAUCUCUUUGUUGUUGUUUUUGUUUUAUAGAGUGCCAUUAAAGUGUUUUAUAUGAAAAAGGUU